AUACAUUCCUGCCCAAUCUCAAACUGUCCACAAAGUUCUUUUUUCUUCUCUUUCUGUUUAUACCAGUUUCCUUCCAUUUCCAUUAAUGUCUGCUGAAAAUUUAGCAGGAAAAUGGACAAGGAAGAGUGGAAGAACACUCUUCGAUUCCAUUACUUGUGUCGUCUUUCUUUUCCUAGACUUCCUCGACGCUGUACUUUGUGUGGUUUUCAAGUUAGUCGAUGAGUUCUUCGAAGGUAAUGCCUGCACUCCCUGUUAUUGUGGAAAAGCCGGAGACAAAAAUGGAGAGAAUAAGGAAACUGAGAUGUUAUCAGAGAGUUUGUAUGGGAGGAAAUAUAUGUUGAGGAAUAUGGGGUUUCUUGGUUUUGCAAGAAAAUGGAGAAUAUAUAGAAAGAAAAAGGAUGAUAGAGAUGGUAGCGUCAAUGAAGGCUUGAUGGUGAAUCGAUGGUCUGAUUGUGGAUGCCAGUCUUGUGUUUCAUGGAUGAAGAAAGAAUAUGAUCAGAAGCUUCAUGUUGUUGUGAAAAAUCUUCCUCAAGUAGGAAGAGGAGAUGAGGCAGCUGAAAAUGUGAUAUUUUUGCAUGGCUUCCUUUCUUCUUCUUCAUUUUGGACAGAAACAAUUUUCAACAAUCUAUCUGAAUCUGUAAAGGAUCAUUACAGGCUUUUUGCCGUUGAUCUUUUGGGAUUCGGAAGAAGUCCAAAGCCAAAUGACUGUAUGUAUACAUUGCUUGAUCAUGUUGAAAGGAUUGACAAAUCUGUGAUCUCACCAUUUCACUUGAAUUCUUUCCAUUUGGUGGCUCAUUCCAUGGGUUGCUUAAUUGCUUUGGCCUUAGCUGCUAAAUACCCCAAGUUCGUCAAAUCAGUCACUCUUGUUGCACCUCCAUACUUGCCUUGUGCAAAAGAUGGAGCAACAACUUCAUUAAUGGCGCUUAACACAUUCGCUGGAAAGACACUGUGGCCGCCAUUAGCAUUUGGUAAAUCUGUGAUGUCAUGGUAUGAGCAUGUUGGAAGAUGUUUUUGUGUCCUGUUUUGUCGUAAUCAUCGGAUAUGGGAGAUGAUUCUUAAGCUAUUCACACUUCGAAGGGAACUGAAUUUCAUGGAAGUGGACUUGACAAGGCACACCCAUCAUUCAGCAUGGCAUAACAUGCACAAUGUGAUAUGUGGGGCAGCAAAGUUGAUGGAUAAAUAUCUGGAAAUUUUGAAUAAAUCAAGGUCAGUAAAGGUUUGCAUCAUCCAUGGUGAUCAUGACAUGGAAGUCCCAUUGGACUGCAGCAAUAACAUGAAGAUGAAAUUCCCAGAGUUAGUUGAACUUAACAUGAUUGAAAAUGUUGAUCAUACAUCUGUUAUUUUAGGUAGAGUGAGGGAAUUUGCCAAGAGUUUAGAACAUAUAUGGGCAUCCUCAUAGAACUGUUCCAUUUAAAAGCUGAUUCCCUCCUGUUUGAUAAUUGUUAGCCAAAGGUUGUACCACAAAUCUUGCUCUCUUUUUUUCAUUAGAAAGCUAUUCACCAGAGAGAAACGGGGCUAUUUUUAUUUUUGAAGGUACAAAUGUUGAUAUUAAUUAAGUUAUCCCAA